ACCCCCAAAGUGUCCAGGAAAGAGUAUCGUGACGUUGAGUAAUCCGCUCUUUGAAGUAGUCUGUGUCGCGAGAUGUUGAAAAAACUCUGCUGCUUUGUCUUUCUUGGCUCCUUUGCAUAUCUCAUUCGAUACCAUUUCCUGGGGAGGAAGUGUCGCUGCAAGAGGAACUUGAGUGGAAGACUUGUGAUCGUCACCGGAGCAAGUUCAGGAAUUGGACGUGCGUUAGCAGAAGAAUUGGCCAGGAAAGGUGCCAAUUUGAUCCUCGCGUGUCGAGACGUAAAGAAAGCUGAAAUUGUGCGUGAGAAAAUCUCUGUGACGACUGGAAAUUCCAACAUUCGUGUUUCUGAGCUCGAUUUGGCGUCAUUGGAGUCUGUAGAGCGCUUCUCGCAGGACAUUCUUAAUACUGUGGAGUCUAUUUAUGCCCUGGUAAACAACGCAGGAAUCUUCUACUCAUCACCGAGGAAUACAGAAGACGGAUUUGAGGAGACUUUUCAAGUGAAUUACUUGAGUGUCUUCCUCCUUACGCUCUUACUUCUGCCCGCGAUCCGGCGACACUGCGAUCCAGCACGCAUUGUGAACGUAGGAUCUGAGGGUCACCUCCACGCCUGGCCAUUCCCACAGCCGGAAUACCACAGAGUCUUCGACGAUUCGCGGGAAGAUCGUUUCCGCGCGUAUUUCUACAGCAAAUUCUGCUUGACGCUCUUCAGCUGGAGACUAGCCAGUCUCAGUGAGAAUUCCAACAUCUCCGUGCACUGCGUGGACCCUGGAAGCGCGGAAACCUCCAUUUUCCGCAACUUCCCGCCUCUCGUGAACAAACUCUCCAAGUGGGUGCAGAAGCCAGUGAGGAUUUUCGUGGUGAAGACACCUCACGAAGGCGCUCAGAGCGUUUUACACGCCAUUCUGUCACCUGAAAAGCCUCCAUUCUACAUCAGGAACCUCAAGGAGGAGGAAGAGAUCCACUGCCGAUUGUCUGACCCUCUCUUGGGCAUCACAUUAUGGCGGAUGAGCAGGAAGAUGUGCGGACACCGUCUGCCUUCGGCAAGUUAGUGCCCAAGAUCUGGUGUGACUCCGCCAAAGGGCUUCAGAAGAUCUUACUUGACUUCCACUUCGUGUCCAUCGUGAAAGCCUCCGAAAUCUCGCGAUGCUGCAUAAAUGU